AAUGACUGCGUUUGUUUGAGUCUUUGUCCCCCUUCUCUCACUCUUCUCUCUCUCUCUCCUUCUUCCUCCCUUCCCUUUCUUUGCACUCAAAAACCAAAUCCCCAUAGCACAAGCUGCAGGCAAGUCUUGUUUUGUAAUCUCUAUAUUCAAAUCUUGAUAUAAAAAAAAUAAUAUCAUCUUUUUUUAAGCCUUAUAUCUUUCCAUUUUCCUCCACUUCCCUCUAUUAAACAACAACAAAAAAGCAGUUUUUAAAUUUUUUUUUUAUUAUUUAAUAUUAUAGUUUUCUUGAAUUUUCUUGUGUUUGUUGUACUUUUGAUGUUUUGGUCAAUAUGGCUGGUUUGGAUUUAAGCACUGCUUCUCAUUUUGUUCAUCAACUUCACCAUCCAUCUGACUUCAAUCUCCAAAGACAACCUGAUGAUAUUGAAGUUAACAACAAAAGCCAAUUUUCCGAUGACCAUCACCACGGCGAUAGUGGCGGUCACCGGAAUCAAGGUGAUAUUGUUGGUCGGCGACCUAGAGGGCGGCCACCGGGAUCCAAGAACAAGGCAAAACCACCAGUUAUCAUCACUAGGGAAAGUGCAAAUACCUUAAGAGCACAUAUUUUGGAGAUUGGAAAUGGAUGUGAUGUUUUUGAGUGUGUUUCAACUUAUGCUCGAAGAAGACAACGUGGGAUCUGUAUAUUAAGUGGUAGUGGGACAGUAACAAAUGUGAGCAUUAGACAACCUGCGGCAGCUGGUUCUGUAGUUACAUUGCAUGGAAGAUUUGAGAUUCUUUCACUUUCUGGUUCUUUCUUGCCUCCACCAGCUCCACCAGGUGCGACGAGCCUAACGAUUUUCUUGGCGGGUGGACAAGGACAAGUGGUUGGAGGAAGUGUUGUAGGGGAAUUGAUUGCUUCUGGACCAGUUAUUGUUAUAGCUUCAUCUUUUACAAAUGUUGCAUAUGAGAGAUUGCCAUUAGAGGAAGAUGAAGGAAGUCUCCAAAUUCAACCACAGGUAUCACAAGUCUCUAGUGGCAAUGGCCCUAAUAGUGGAGGUGGUGGUGGUGUUAAUAAUAAUCAAUUUCCUGACCCUUCAUCUGGAUUUCCAUUCUUUAAUCUUCCUUUGAAUAUGCCUAAUGGUCAGCUACCAUUUGGAGUCUAAAAACUACUCCCUCUGUUCCACUUUACGUGACGUAUAGUUUGCAGUACGAGAGUCAAGCUGACUAAUUCUUGAAGAUUAGAGUAAUGGAUGUUGAGUACUAUCAUUCAAAAGCUCAAGUCGCAUUGUCUAUAUCGAAUGAAAUCGACGAAUAAAUUAGGGUUCUUGAAUCAUAAAGGUAAGAGAAUUAGUGUACCAUGUUUGUACUAGUAGUCUUAGUGGUUGUUGGACUUAUUUUCCACUUCUAUUUUAGGGGGUUUUAAUUUUUUUUCUUGUUUAUUGUUCUUGGUUUUGUAACUCUAUGAAUUCUGAAAAUACUCCUCCACUCUUAAUGUUCUGAAAUGGUUUGAGAAUGCAAUCCUCAUAUUCACUUUUGUUGU